GCUGACGCUUUGAGCCAGGUUAGCUCAGCAACCAGGAUUCCUGCUUUUCAGCGAAAGCCCCAAACUAGCGAAUUUCUCCUGUUUUUCAUCGCGUUCUCCGUCGACAGCGUUCUGCGGACGUCGUUUCUUCAUUGCUGCUUUUGUUCGAGCUGUAGCCAUGGAUUUUGACCUGGUUUGCACACUUGUCAGUACAGCGAGUCUGGUGGACGAGCUUACCACCAUCAAAUGGAAACGCCAGCAGGAAGCGGUGGUGGAGAUGUCGGAGACUGGCCUUGUGGUUGUAACAGAGGAGCUAAACUGCUUGCACGCGCGCGCGUUUUUUAGGAAAGAGCUCUUCCUGGACUACGUUUAUCGGCCAGAUGUUCGCUAUCGAUUCGGCAUCAAUCUCUCUCUUCUGAUUGAUUGCUUGGCGGCGUUCUCUGCGUCAGCUACCACAGGACACGUACUCACCUUGCGGUAUCCUGGGCCUGAUAAUCAGCUCUUGCUCAAGUGUCUCCAGGCUGUCUGAUCCAUCCAACAGCAACAGCAGCAUUGGAGCAGAAAUUCGCACAUUGCUUCCCGAUAUGAACCCCCCUGAAUGGGCCUUGGAUGUUGACACAUCGACUCCACAGAACGCUCCUGUCAGCUUUGCCAUUCGGUCAAGCGUUCUCAAAGAGUUGAUCGAGGAUCUGGAGUGGCCUGGUGCCAGUGUUCGAAUCUCCAUUAACCCUCAGCCCGCAGGAGUGACGUUUCUGGCCCAGGGUCAUGGUGACUUGCAGGUUGAUCUCCUUGUCGGACGCUGCAACAACCUUUUUGUUGACUUCAAAUGUCACCGGCCCAUUUCAUUCUUGUAUCGCUACAAGCAUCUCAGUGCAGCAACCACAAGCAUUCCUGCUGCUGUCCUCAAAGAAAAUCAUGCAAGUAAACUGACAAUAGACUGCCAUGGCCUUCUGCGAGUGCAGCACGUUGUCAACAUGCGAGCCACUGGACCCAGUGGAAGACACGCUAAUGAAGCUCCAGAUGCACAAGGAGUUGGUAGUAUUCCUGCCUUUUCUCAACCAACGCAAGAUGGGAGUCAAGCUCUGCACAAUAGGAGUGCAAGGACAUCAUUUGUGGAGUUAUUUGUUGCUCCACAAGAGGAAGAUUAUGAAGCAGAUGAGGUUUAGUUUAGCGUUUUUAUCAGUGUACCAUGCUACAUUUUUACUUCAUUUCCACCAUUCAGGCUGACGUGGCUUCUGUCAAGCUAU